UUGGUCGAAAUGCCUGCGUUGGUCUGUGGGCUGAGAAGGUCGAUGAUUCCGUUGGCUCCCGGCUGAGAGAGCAGAGAGUCUGAAGGGGCUGUGGCUGGGCCCACGGCGGAGAAAUGGCGAGAACGGCUAACGAGAGCGGGCGUGGAGUGGAAACGCUGAACCCGGAGCCGCAGGGACCGGGCCGGGGAACGGCCAGAUGGGGUCCACAACACGCCGGUGCCCGAGAACUGGCCACUUUGUACUCGCCAGGCAAAAGAUGUCAAGAAUGGAUAAGCGUUGUCCUCUGCUUCUCUCUCAUGGCCUUCAAUUUCAUUCACCUCCUUGCCAAUUUCCAUCUGGGGCAUUUGUGGUACAUUCUGUUGGGCAUUGUGGCAGGAAUACUCACCGCAGACUUUGCGUCUGGACUUGUUCACUGGGGGGCUGAUACGUGGGGAUCGGUGGAUCUACCCAUCUUUGGAAAGGCCUUUAUACGACCAUUUAGAGAGCACCACAUCGACCCCACAGCCAUCACCCGCCAUGACUUCAUUGAGACCAAUGGUGACAACUGCAUGCUGACCAUAGUCCCUCUGGCAAACAUGGCCUUCAACUUCCUGACCCUUUCCCCUGCGGAGAUUUACCAUAACUACUCAUGGUACUGCUACUUGUUUGCACUUGCCAUCUUUGUGACCCUUACCAACCAGAUUCACAAGUGGUCACACACGUACUUCGGCCUUCCUCGUUGGGUCGUGUUCCUACAGCACUGCCACGUCAUCCUUCCCCGCAAGCACCACCGCAUCCAUCACGUCUCCCCCCACGAGACGUACUUCUGCAUCACUACAGGUUGGCUGAACUACCCACUGGAGAAGCUGGGUUUCUGGAGGAACCUGGAGGAUCUUAUCCAGGGUGUGACAGGAGAGAAGCCCAGGGCAGACGACCUGAAAUGGGCUCAAAAAGUCAAGUAACGCUGCAGGCUAACUGCACCCUACCUCAGAAGAUGCUGGCUCCGUCCAGGCUUCUCAUCCCCUUUUUUGCCUCACUUAAACUGUAAUCCAUAGGAAGGAAAACUAACAGUUUCUGAUGCCAUAGCUUUAAGUCUUGCACAUUUUGUCUGUUUUUCAAGAGGAGGGCUUUGUUGGUGGAAGUUUUUCAUUACUUACUCAUGGAGAUCACGAUUUCAAAUCGCAAUAUAUCCUUAACUCUCCGUAUGUCUAACACAACUCAUCACUUUUUGGAGGUGACUUAGAAAGCCUGUUGCGAAGACGGUUUGGUCAGAUACAUAAGUAUCUGACCAAACCGUCUGAUCUCUCUGUUCAAGGAGAUCAAAAGAUUUCCUUCACGUCAGAAAAUUCAAAACGAUCCCAAAAAAGAAUACUUGAAAGUGUGAACGCUCACUUUUUUUCUCCUCCAGAGCCACAACUGCUCAUUUGGAGGGUUGAUAAAUCACAUUAUAUAUAGCACUGCUUUAUUAUUACUCUGGAUCAGUCUUUUCAUCUCCACCUUAUUAAGGGUCUACUUGAUGAAAGUAAUAAAAUUGGAUUUAGGCCAUGGUAAGUAGUAGGGCUCGGGCGAUAUAUAGAAGGCCUUUAGGAUGUUUUUGCAAUGUUGAUAGCUAAAGAACAAAUUACUGUUACAUUUGUUGGCUGUUUUUUAAAGAGAGGUGACGACAAAGUGCGUUUUGUUUUGUUUGUUGUUUUUUUCAGUAAUAACCUGUGCCCGUUGUUGAGUCUAGUAACUUGUAAGGAAUCAAAAUGCAGCCAUAUUUAAUUGUGAUGAACUAGUCAAUUUGAGACAAUGACUACAGUUACAGCGGAGGAGUGAGUGUUACUUUACAGCCCAACUCAUCCCACCAGGAUGCUACAUGACAUGUCCAACAGCUCAGAAAACACAUUUUGAAAUAAACAAACCAAAAAGGACAAAGAACUAGAUUGCUCAUAUCAAUGUCAGAUCCUAAGCUGGCAUUUUCUACUUGAAUUUGUUAUUUUCUGGAUGUUAUCUGGCCAUUGAAACUGCAAACAUAGAAGGUGAGAAAUUUUCAGGCUAAGUGGGGACACACGGUAAUUUGAUCUGAAAAGUCACAUGGAAAUGCCUGCGACUGUAGUCAGUGUUGAAGCCAGACUGGUGAUAGACAUAUAUCAUGCUGGCGUUCUGCUGAGUCAUUCUGGCCCUACUAAGUAGCCUCUUCAGAUGAUCAAUGUGCCGCUGUGAAAAGCAUUUUUUUAGGUUUUGACUCCUUGUGAACAGACUGUUCUGCGGGAAAGAGGCACAUGCAGUUUUGUGAGGCUGCCUUACACACCGUAAAUGCAGUUCUUGUGUCUGUCUUUUGUUCUGUUUUACUUGCAGCAUUUCUUCGUGUUGUUGCAGUGGAAAUUCUGUAUUUCUGGGAUCUGUGUCUCAUUUAAUCAGGCACGGAUACUCCAAAGUUAUGUGCCAACUGUAUGUAACAUGGUUUUCACUCCUCGCAUCUUGCUAUUCUCUUUGUAUUGUGGGAAGGGACGGUCAAUUUCAGAGCGUAACAUUCCCCGUGAGCAAUGUUGCCACAGCGUACCGUCUUGGUGCCUGCGACAAAUUGGUGACGCUACAAGGGCUUCAGUGAAAGCUGACGAUCCAGGAGUUUCUUCAGUCCUAUAUAUGAGAUUAUUUAAUUAAUUAACUGGUUGAAAGUUGUUUGUUUUUUUUGUUUUUUUUAAUGCUUCAGUCAGUAAUUUGUAAAUGUAUUGUACAGCGAAUAACUAUGCAGUGAAAUAAGAGGCCCUUAACUAUAUGUCUUAACUCAUAUGAUUAGGUCAAAAUGCCUUUCUUUUUUAAUAGUUUACAACAUUUACUUAGUUGGAAAACUGGAGCUCAAAAAUUUAGCUACUUAAUAAACUGCAUGACAAAAUGACUUUCACUAAUUAAGAUGUCACUUACACAGACGUAAGAAUGCGUGCAUGCAUACAGCAUGUCGGCUUGUGCAAGCAAUAUACUGGGUCACCAGCUUUCCUUCGAGUUUGUGUAAGGCAGACACUGACCAGCGAGGACUGUGCUCGCUCCAGAUGGAAUUAAUUGCCCCUCUUUCGAAACAUGACACCAAAUUUUGACCAAAUGCUCCCAGGUUUGAACUAUCAAAAUGUUAUCUUCAUUCCAAGGAAAUCCUGGCAAAGGUUUUCAGGUUGAAAUGGGAGAAGCUAACCUUGCUGUUCAGUUGGGUGGACCAGGUUAAAGGCUUAAUUGUUAAGCUUCUGGUGUUAUACCCAAAGUAGAUCAUAUAAUUGUUGUAGUUAACUUUGAAACCAAAAUUUUGUUUUAUAUUAUGUAAUAUUCCACUUUUUGAAUCCUUCAUACUUGAUUAUAAAGAAUAAUUCACCCUAGGAAAACAGCAGAAGUACACUAGAGGUUGCAUAGUGCUUGUUGAGUAUAGUGAGAAGCGUUUCUGUGUGCGCUAGGUAAUGUAAUGUAUGCUGGUAAAUGGGUGGUAGUAUGUGUCACUGCAUCAAAGUUUAAGGCCUGCGUGCAAGUUUUACUCCUGUAGUUCGUUUAGGCAAAAUAUUGUUGGGGCACCGCUAACUGCAGUCAGUAGACACAUUUAAACCUUGACACCAGGCUUAUUUUCUAAACAGGAAUUUUGGCGUUGGCCCUGCUGGAUGUCACGACGCUUCAGUAAAUUGCUUUUUGUGGUAAUAUAAAAGUAAUGAUGAUUUUUAAGGACGUUUUGUGUUUUUGUAAUACCGCAAAAUAGGGCAAGCUAAGGAUAGUGGUUAGAAAAGCUAGACAUGACAUGCCAUAAUUAGUGUGGAGAUUGGCAAAACUGACAACUAAAUAAAAAGCACAUGGAUGAACUCAGAAGGAGCACUUUGCUUGGAGACAGACUUGCCAUACUUGCCAUUAAUGGCUGUUGUACUUUGGAGUCUGGUUGUGAGUAUGGAUUUAACAUACAUUGACUUAUUCUUAUUCUCCAGAUGAUCUCAGGAUUGUGGUUAAGGUGAUUGAAGUAAUUUGAUAUGAAUUUGUUAAAAAAAGAAAAUUAAAAAAAAAAAAAAAAAAAGCAAACCAAAA